CAUAUGUGUUUUAAUUACUAACAGUACUCUUUGCGGUGUAAUGGAAUUCGGACAGCACCUGAAGGCAUCACCAAAAAACACAUUUUAAUUUCAACAUUCAGAAAACUCUUUAAUUUCAAGCAAAAUACACGUAACUAAAACAACCUCACUGUAACAUUUCAAUGUUCGUAAACGAACCUGUUUUAUAAAAGUUUAUUUAAAAUGAGUCACUUUUCGCCCCUAACUUUUCGCGCAUGCGUAGUCUCAGUUGAGUUACAUGGCACGAUGGCUGCGGACAGUACCCUGCUGCUGUCUCUGGUGGAGGAAUUUGUCUCUGGACUACAGGACAGCAAGGCUAAAGAUACAGCAACAGGUGUCAAAGAUGGAGAGUUCACAGUCCUGCAGCUGGUGGAAGCACUGGGACUGAGUCUGACCAGCUCUCAGCCUCACACUCGAGCCAGAGGAGUCCAGCUUCUCUCUGAAGUUCUGCACGAGUGCUAUGGAGGUCUUACAGAGAGAGAAGUGGAAGUGCUCAUUGCCUUUUAUGAAAACCGUCUAAAGGACCAUUACGUCAUCACUCCGCCUGUUUUACAGGGUCUCAGAGCGCUGACUAAAUGUACGGUGUUGCCUCCUGGCUCAGCUGUGUCCAUGCUGAGGUCUUUGUUCCAGGAUGUUCACGUCCAGUCUUUGAUGCUGACAGAGCGCGCUUGCGUCUACAACAUGCUCAUCAACCUCAUGGGGACCAGAGAAGCCGAGCUGAAGGGUUUGGGGGCGGACUUUGUGUUUGGUUUUGUCCAAUCAAUGGACGGAGAGAGGGAUCCUCGCAACCUCCUGCUGGCCUUCCAGAUUGCCAAAAGCAUCAUCCUCCGAGGUUAUGAUCUAGGUAAAUUCACAGAGGAGCUGUUUGAAGUGACGUCCUGCUAUUUCCCAAUUGACUUCAGCCCCCCUCCCAAUGACCCCCACGGCAUCACCAGAGAGGAGCUCAUCCAGACGCUGAGGGACGUCCUCACCGGGACGCCACGGUUUGCUGAGUUUCUGCUUCCUCUCAUCAUCGAGAAACUGGACUCCGAUGUUCAGAGUGCGAAGCUCGACUCGCUGCACACUCUGACGGCUUGUGUGUCACAAUAUGAACACAAGGACGUGGCAGAAUUCCUGGAGGGACUGUGGGCGUCCCUGCGUAGAGAGGUGUUUCAGACGUCUAGCGAGAAGAUCGAGUCCGCCGGCCUCGCUUCUUUAUCCGCACUCACUUCCUGUCUGUCUCGCUCAGUCCUCAACUCCGACUCUGAAGACUCCCUCAGCACCUUCCUGGACCUCGUUCUCAAAGACUGCAAACAUCACCUGUGCGAGCCGGACCUGAAGCUCGUGUGGCCGAGCGCCAAGCUGCUGCAGGCCGCCUGCAGCGCCUCCAGCAGGGCGAGUCACAUCAUAACCGUGUCCGUGAUGCCCGCUCUCAUUGAGCAGUACAACAGCAGAGCUCAGUGUUCCCACAGACGAACAUUACUGGAGGUGGUGCAGCGAUUUAUCCAGUCAGUGAAAACCGGCCGGACUUCAGAGAGCGAAGACAGUGUGUUUUUAGACUUCCGUCCGUCUCUGUGCAGCGUUGUGUUUUCAGCGCUGACGGAGACGAACUCCAGUCUGCAGAUCACUGCCGCCUCUGUUCUCACCUCACUGGCACAACAAACAGGUCUGCUGUUGGACUCUGAUAUCGAGCUGGCUGUGGAUCACCUGAGCAGACUGCUGCUGACGGAGGAGGACGGCAGCGUCAGUCUUGCCGUGGUGGAGUGUGCCGGAGCCCUGGCAGAGUUACACCCGGAAGCUUUUAUCUCUCAAAUGAUCCCAAGACUAAAGAAGGAGAUGUUUUCUGCGCCCCUGGUUCAAGACGACAACAGAGCCGCUUCUGAGCAGCAUUCCCAUCAUGCAGUGCGGCAGCGGUGUUUGUCCGCUCUGGCUGCGGUGUCCACCCGACCCAGCGUAGUGCAGCAGAGCACACCUGUCCUCCUGGAGGUCCUCAGCUCCGCACACACAGGUGGUGUCGGUUUCUCGGUGGAGGAGGUGGUGUUGGCGUGUCGCAGCCUCCAGAGAAUAGCAGAGCAGGUUCAGGACACGGAGGAGACGGGGCGAUGCUUCCAUGACAUCAUCAUCCCGCGCCUGCUGUCUCUGGCGCUCCAGGCAGCGCUGCAGGGUGACGGGGCACCUGGGGGUCGUAGUCCUCUUCUGGAGGAGGCGGUCCUGUCGGCCAUGGUCCCCGUCAUCAGUACUUCCUGCUCCCGGCUGCAGCCCGCGCUGGCGGGACAGACGGCGUCGAGGGCGGUGUCUCUCUUCCUGGAUGGAGACGUUUCCUUUUUGCCCGACAACUCCUUCCCCUCACACAUCCGGCUGCUGAAGAAGCAGCAGGGGGACGCGUGGAGCCAGUCUCAGAUGGUGUGUCUGCUCAUGGGAUGUGUGUGUUCGCUCCCUCGCAGCGUGGAGGUGCCUCGGAUAGACGAGCUGCUGUCGGAGCUGGAGGAGAUGAGCUGCACCUGCAGCCACCUGCUGUCUCACACCUCGGCAGCAAAGUGCUUCGCCGGCCUGGUGAAUAAGCGAGCGCACGGUGAUUCUCUCGACAGCCGCAUUCAGAGCACGAUGACGAGAGUGUGUAGUGAGCUGGACUCUGCGUCUCCGUCCGCACGCACUCAGGCCUUCACCCUCGUGAUCUGGGUUGCCAAGGCGCUGCUGCUCAGAUACCACCCGCUGUUCACAACACUGACUGACAAGCUCUUCUCGCUGCUCGACGAUGCUGAUCUGGGUCCUCUGGCAGCCGACGGCUUCUCGCUGCUGAUGAGCGACUCUGCCGACAUCCUGAACCGCGGCUGCCACGCCGAUGUUCGCAUCAUGUACCGCCAGCGAUUCUUCAGCGAGAAUUCAGCCAAGUUGGUCGAGGGCUUCAACGCGGCGCCGCAAGAGAAGAAGCCCAACUACCUGAAGGCUCUGUCUAACAUCGUCAAUAAGCUGCCCAAGCAGGUGCAAGUCACUGAACUACCAGCGCUGCUGUCGCUGCUGUUGGAGGCCUUGUCUUGUCCUGAGCUGGGCGUCCAGCUGUCCACCCUGUCCUGUCUGCAGCCCGUCCUCGUCGACCCUCCGCCGGCGCUCAUCCAGCAGCUGGAGGCUCUGAUCAACAGGCUGCUCGCUCUCACCUGCAGUCCAGCGAUGGACGUGAGGAUCGCUUCAAUCCGGUGCAUUCAUGCCGUUUCCCGCUUCCCUGAACAUGAGAUCUUGCCGGUUCGGGCCCGAGUGCUGCGAGCUCUGGCCCGACCUCUGGACGACAAGAAGAGGCUGGUGAGGAGCGAAGCGGUCCACGCAAGAGCAGAUUGGUUCCUGUUGGGAAGUUGAUUCUGCUCCACCACCCGAGUCUCCCCUCCUCCCUACACGUGGAAGAAUUCAGACGUGAAGCUGCAGGAUCAAAGCUGCAACAGCUCGCACUCCUCGAUUAAACGCUCUCUGUUCCCUUCGCUCCCUUUUUACUGAAACUGUCUGUAUCUUCAUGAACGCACAAAUAAGAGUAUGUAGUCUGACUGUGGAGCAUUGUCCAAGUGAAACGAAUGAGAAGGAGCAGUUUAACAUGUCAUACGCCUCGUGUACGUUGUCGUCUGUCUCGCUUUGUAUCGGAGGCAUUUUAGUUGUAUCAUAAGUCCGUAAGAGCACAAAGUUCAAAGCUCUUUCAGAGUUUCAGAAUUUUCCCCAGUCAGAAGCUCAUUUGUCCCAUAAUUCCGACGCCACUUGAAUGCAGCACAGACGCCUUGUCUUGCAAUGUAAAGUGAAACUAAAUUUGUGCAUCAGCCCAAAACUUAAAGGGUCCUUCCUCGGCCCGGGCUGCACCCUCACACCCACGUCAUGUCCGUGAUCCUGCUGACCAACGUAAAGGAGGGAAUAAUCAAACUCUGAAGUUAAGUCAAAUGAUUCCAGUUAACUCCUGUAUGAAGAGAGAAAGCGAACACCGUACGUACAUUGAGUGGAAGUCACUGCAGUGCUCAACUUUCUUUUUUUAACUUUAUGAUCAUUGUGAGGAUUGUUGCUGCUGGAAACAAAGAUCUCUUCCCUCCAUGUGGACAUGCAGCGCUGAGAUGUGUCACUGAGCAGUAAUGUAUUAAAACAAACAGCAGGUGUGUUUGAUUCGUGUCCCUCUGGUGUGCCAGCCGGGUGGGGGUUGUUGAAUGUGGAUGUUGCCAAUUGUUGCUCCCGAGGUGACAGAACUCACGCCUCCACUGACGGAGGUUCAUUAAAUUAAGAUUGUAAGUUAUGUGAAGAAUAUCUAACUUCUGCCUUGUGUUCGCUCAAUGUUUGAACAAACGUUUUCAGUUCUUGUCGAGUCGUUGCUGACUUCGGACCUCACAGCAACUUAUGCCAAGGAAAUAAGACGAUAUUUAAAGUCAUUAAAACCUCUUUGUAAUUAUACAGAAUGCAUUUAUUGUCAUCUUUAUACAUCAGAACAUGUCAGGAGCGCCUGGAGGGAAGUCUUCAGGUGUAAGUAUCCAGAUGAACUGAUGAAUAAAUACUUAAAUGUG